CUUCCCCAAUGGGCCAGGCUGGCUCGAGCAGGCUCGCCCCCGCAGCCCCAUCUCAUAUGCCGUACCCUUGCGGGUGGCCCCUCCGCCCCAGGAGCCAUGGUUUCCCCCGCUGCCAGGGCGGUGGCGGUCCUGACCGACGCGGGCUUCGGGGCCCCUGAAGCGAGGCGAGCGCUGCGGCGUACGGGUGGCAACGUGGACGCGGCGGCAGAGGCGCUGCUGCGGGGCUCGGCACCCAGCGGCGGCAGCAGCGGCAUGGAUGGCGCGCUCGCGACGCUGGUGGAGAUGGGCUUCGACUCCGGCCAGGCGCGGCGGGCUUUGGCCGCCACUCACGGCCGGCUGGACCGGGCAACAGACCUGCUCCUCACAGGAGCCGUGCCCCCAGAUCGGCCGCCCGCGCCGCACGCCCCGCCCCGCCGCCGCCGCGACGGCGACCUGGCCUGCAGUGGCACCUCCGCCAGGGCGCCGGCCGCCACCGAGGCGGCCGGCGCUGCCGCAGGGGCCGCACCGCACUCGUGCGCCUGCGCGCCCCCGGCGCACGUGCCGCCCGAGGCCCCCAGCAGGCCCGCCAAACGGCCCAGGCUUGAGCGCCCCGCCGCAGCUGGCCUCGACGCCGCAACGCAGGCCGCGCCGGGGCCUGGCUCCUCGCCGCCGGGCGGCUCGUCCAGCAGCGCCGCGUCGGCCCCCGCCGAGGCCGCAGCCGGCGCGGGCGCCGCGCCGCCGGCGUCGGCGGCGGCUGGGGGCUCCGCUGAGGAGCGCCCUCUCGGCCUCGAGGCCCUCGCGGCGGGGCUCGUCUUCGGCCGACCGGCCUUCGGGCCGCUGCGGCCGCGGGGCGGCGGCCACCGCGCCAAGCUGAAGGGCCCGAGCCUGCGGUCGCGGAUCCCCGACAUGCUGAGGGAGUCUGUGGCCGGCGUGGAGAGCAUGCGCGGCGAGCGUGGGCUCAAGACGGUCACGCAGAUGCUGACGGACAGCUACUCGAACGGCCUGUUCAUGCACGGCCCGCCCUCGUCCGCGGUGAAUCGCCAGAUCGUGCCUGCGCUGCGCCACGUCUUCGCGGAGAUGGCCAAACUGCCCCCCGAGCACCCCAAGCGCGUCGGCUGCCUCACGGCGCUGGCGGAGGCGUGCACGGACUGCCAGCAGGUGCAGGCGCGGGAGAUCCUGCGGCUCUUCGGCGACCUCACGUCACAGAGCGAGACGUUUGAAGGGCAGCUGCGGUACUCGCUCCUGCGCGCGAAGGAGGCCGCGCUCAACUGCUACAUCACGGGCAGGCACCCCGGGUGCGACCUGGACCACACGCGCGCGCAGCCCUGGCAGCAGAGGGCGCACCUGGUGAGUGGCUACACCUGGCUGCUCGGCGAGGCCUUCGGGCUGGACGGCCUGGAGGCGGCGGGCGGCGACCGCUUCCUGCCGCAGGUCCUCGAGGAGAUCGGCGCGGUGGACCCCGCGGAGCUGCAGCGGCGGCUGGUGCGCGGGCUCUCCGUCAAGGAGUGGCUGCAGACGCUGCUGGCGGACGUCAACAACCAGGCUCGGCCUCUUGUUUGUUCCUCUGUCGUCGACCCGGGCUGUAUCUUCAAGUGGGUCUCACGGCAUCUCAGCCAGGAGGCGGCACACGAGGUCUUCUACGACGAGGAGCGCCUCGCGGAAUUCGAGGGGCAGGACCCCGAGCGCCCGACCAAGGAGAACCAGUUCCAGCCGUUCUUGAGCUGCCGCGUGCUGGUCGACAUGCUGCUGGCCACCGGCAUGCUCGAGAGGGCCUGA